GAGGAGGGAGAUCCCCAAACCAGGCCCCCGCACCGAGACAGAUGUCACUGGCAGAGGCCUUUCAACGUGGUCCACAAUAUCCAGAUAUACUUCGACUUAACCCAGGGGUUCUUCAGCAUUGGUGCCACUGUUUUUCGAAAUGGCCACCUGCACAGGCUCUUUUUGUACCCUUUGUACCACCGAACCUUUGCUCAGCUUCUCCUGAACAUCACAGCCUUGGUGUUUCUCGGUGGCAGUUUGGAGAAGGGUGUAGGCACAGUCCGUUUCCUGUUCCUGUUCCUCCUGAUGUCGACCACCACAGGCUUGUGUUACAGCUUUAUGCAUCUUCUGCAGGACAGCACCAACCAGAGUCACGCAGAGGGUUUAGUUCCUGUGGCUUUGGCCUGUGUGGCAUUAACUACUAUGCGCACAAAGAUGACUAAAGGAUUUCUGUGUGGAGUGAGUUUCCCCACCAUGGCUCUCCCUUGGGUGCUCCUCAUAAUUACCACAGCUCUCAUCCCUCACUGUGUGCUCCCCUGUAAUAUCAUUGCCAUCCUGAUUGGGUGGAUGUAUGGGAAAGGAUGGUUCUCUCAUCUGGACAUGUCUGCGGCCAGGUCUGGCGUUGUAGAGAAGAUGAUGCCUUUCAGGUUGCUGAGGAAAAUCAGUAGUGUUAUGUUUGUUCCCGCUUCCAUGGAGGAAAAGAGGAAAACCCUCCUUCCACAAAUCAACCCCACACCUGGGUCCUACCCUGUCCAGGCCUAUGCUCCAUUGUCCAGCAUUAAUACUGGACCCAUGAUGUAUGAAGGCUGGGUAAACUCAACUAGUGCUUUGUCUGGUCCCACACCACCCCUCCAGCCUCAUGGACAUGGCUCAACACAGGGCUUUGUUCACAGUCAUGACCAUGACUGCAACCACCACAACAACCACGGUCAUAGUCAUGGUCAACCUUAGUUACGUUUGAUUGAUUGAUCUACAACACUCGAAACAUGUAGUUAAGCCAUGUUCUAUUAAUACUGCUUUAUUUUCCACUCUUAAACCACAAUAACGGAUGGUACACCUGCAGCACUCCUUGUCACUGAAUUGUGUGGACUCUAAUACUUUGGAGAAAAAAAUAUGGCAAUUGACAAACUACAUGGUUUUGUGUGGGAAUUCCCUGUUAGCCUGUAUGAUAAAAUGACAGGUUUGUACAUAUUGUUUUACUAAUGUUUUUUUUUUUUUACACAUUUAAAUUGUACACUUUUGUAUUAUUUCUUAUUCUUACAAAUAAAUGCAUAAAGAAUAAAAAGUCUCCAGGACAAAGACCCACUUACACCAGGAAAACCCAAACAUCCAAUCCUAUAUUUAUACCUCAUUUAGAAUAGCAGAAUCCAUGUUAUUUUUAAUGUAAAAAAUGGCAAGUCACCACACACUGGAAACUUUCAUCCCUACCAGGUUAUCAGGUACAAUAAAGGAUAGAUCAAGUGAUUAACAACAAACAAACAAAAAAAAAAUCUAGUGUGCAUA